UCUCUGCCUCCCUCAUCCGCCUCCACAGGACAGAGAGAGAGAGAGAGAGAGGGAGAGAGUGAGCGAGCGAGAGAGGCAUGCAGGAAGAGUGCGGCUGAAUGUGGUCGACAUGUCGACAGUCAGCCUCUAAAAAGUCUUCUCCCGGUCGUUCCCGGAUUCUUUGGCGGAUGAGGGGCCGACGCCGGGCCAUAGCCCCUGGCCGCCGCUGCUGCUGCUGAGCUGAGAGGAGGGAGAAGCGGCGCAGAGGAUGCAGUGGGUCACCCUGGCCGUGGCACUGGGGUGCGUGCGUCUGGCCCGGGCAUCGCACAGCCCCACCCCUACCCCCACCUCGACGCACACCCCUCUGGUGGACAACUCCGAGGAAGAAGUGGACGAGCCCUGCUUUGAGCCGUGCACGUGCGAGGUGAAAGAAGGCGUGCUGCACGUGCACUGCGAUGGGCGGGGCUUCACCAAUGGCAGCCAGGUGUCACAGUCGUGGGUCCGCCCUUUCAAACUCAACCUCCAGAGGAACUCUCUGAGGCGUCUCUAUAGCAACGGGUUCCAGCACCUUGGCAACGCCGUGUCGAUAAACCUCGGCAACAAUGCGCUGCAGGACAUCCGGGUGGGCGCCUUCAACGGCCUGGCCAGGCUGAGACGCCUCUACCUUCACGAGAACAAGCUGGAGGUCUUCAGAAAUGACACCUUUGCCGGCUUAGAGGCUCUGGAAUACCUCCAGGCCGACUACAAUGUGAUCAAACGCAUCGACAGCGGUGCUCUGAGGUUCCUCUACAAGCUACGGGUUCUGAUCCUGAAUGACAACCUGAUCCCCGUCUUGCCUGCGCAUCUUUUCAGAUCUGUGUCGCUGACUCAUCUGGACCUGCGGGGAAACCGUCUAAAGAGCCUGGCAUACGCCGGGACCCUGGAGUACGUGGGCCGCUCCCUGAUGGAGAUACAGCUGGAGGAGAACCCCUGGAACUGUGGCUGCGAGGCAGUGCAGCUCCAGCAGUGGCUGGGUCAGAUCCCUUACACGGCGGUGGUCGGGGAUGUUACCUGCGAAUAUCCCUUCCACCUCCACGGCAAGGACCUGAGGGAGAUCCCUCGCAAGGAGCUGUGCGCUGAUCUCCCGGAUAAAGAGCUACAAGCAGAAGGAGGGAGGCCAUCAGGGGGAACGCAGCCUCAACAUUUGCCCCCUAACUCCAAGCCCAACUCCCACCCAGGGAGGGCUAGGCCGACCAAACCCUCCUCCAUGGUGCAUGGCUCCCGCCAGAACACCCACACCUCCUCCACUUCAUCCUCCUCUUCUUCGGCAGAGCGCAGAGACAAGGAGAGGCACCCGAGGCCCACAAAGCGUCCUAGACCCUCCAGGACGUCCCCGACAUCUCGCAGCCCCAACCAGAAUCCGCCUGUGGCCGGCUACCAGACCCGACCCCCCAUCCCCAUCAUCUGCCCCCUGGGCUGCACCUGCAACCUCCACAUCACAGACUUGGGCCUGACCGUCAACUGCAAGGAGAACGGCUUCCUCAACGUGUCCCAACUGACGCCGCGGCCGCUCAACGGCCGCAAGCUGUACCUGAGCGGGAAUUUAAUCCAGAGGAUCUAUCGCAGCGACUUCUGGAAUUUCUCCAGCCUCGAUCUGCUUCACCUGGGGAGCAACCGCAUCUCCUACUUGCAGGAGGGGGCCUUCUCCAGCCUGACCAGCCUGAGGAGUCUCUACCUGAACGGGAACAACCUGGAGAGGCUCAGCCCCGACAUGUUCCUGGGGCUGCAGAGUCUAAGGUACCUUUACUUUGAGUACAACGAGAUCCGGGAGAUUGACAGCGGCACCUUCGACUCCAUGCCGUCCCUCCUGCUGUUGUUUCUGAACGCCAACCUCCUGCGAAGUCUUCCCCCGGGGGUGUUUUCUGGAGUCAAUCUGGCUCGCCUCAACCUGAGGAACAACCACUUGCUGCAGCUUCCGAUGGACGGCGUGCUGGAGCACCUCACCGGCCUGGUACAGGUGGACCUGCAGCAGAACCCGUGGGAGUGCAACUGUGAGGCGGCGCCACUCAAGCGUUGGCUGGAGGGUCUCAGCGCUGUGGUGGUGGUGGGGGAGGUGGUGUGCCACUCCCCGGAAAAGACCAAAGGCGUCGACCUGCGCUCCGUCUCCAUGGAGCUGCUGUGCCCCGAGCUGGAACCCCAGGAGGACCAGGAGCAUCACACGGUCACCUCCGCCGUCCCAGACAGAGGCGUGCCGGUUGGCUACCCCGGCACAGGGCUCGGGCCCCUGAUCCCUCCAGGGAAGGAUUCAAUCCCGCUAUCGGUGCUGGUGCUCAGCCUGCUGGUGCUGUUUGUCUCUGCGUUCUUCGCGGCGGCAGCGCUAAUCGCUUACACCCUGAGGAGGAGGGACAAGCUGCCGUUCCGCCGCCAGGGAGAGGUGGACUUGGCUGGCAUUCAGAUGGAAUGCGGGCUCUUCACCGAGCAGACGCACCACCACCACCACCACCACCACCACGGCCUGUCCGGGACACCGACUCUACCCGUGCCUGAGCACAACCACGUCUAUGACACUAUCUUGCCUCCGGGGGCGGCGUCCAAAGGCCCUGACCCGGCGGCAUCCCCACAUGUGUGUAGCGGCGCCAUCUACAAAGAGGAACAGAACACAGCGGCAAAGGUGAAACAGCGCCUGCAGCCAAGCGACACCGGCUACUGCUCUGCGGCAGACAAGGACAGGGAGUGGACUCUGCAGGUGACCUCGUCCCCAAUCAGCACCGUCGCCGGGGCGAUGGGACAACUCGCCGGCCUGCACGAAAAUGGGAUCCUGUGCCCCACUGUGAUCGACAGCCAGGGCCCCACUCCUAAGGUCGAACUGGUGGACUGCCUUUUCCGACUCCCCACCCCCGAGUUCAGAGACAUGCCUGAUAGAUACGCUAGGCCGCCGCCCCGCUACCCUCACCCCCAGGAGUCUCAGCAGGACGCCCAAACGGUGGUGGUCACAACGACCCCUUCCAGUGGUGCAAAUAGCGAUCAGGCGGGCGAUCAGGGCGCCAGACUGAUGACCACGCCGGACUACAUGGAGGUUCUGGACCGCUCUUAUCAGUUUUAGCGCUCCUCUGCCCCUUUCCUCAUCCUCUUCUCACUGGAGAUGAAUCACACAGGAAGAAUGACUCCUGUACAAAGAGGAGCCUGUGGGGGAGUAGGACUACACUUCAAACUAUUCCUGAAUAACAAGCUGGGGUCACUUUUUGUAUUCCCCCUCUUCUACUACAACUACUACUAGCAUAUAGGUUGGUAUUUUGCAAGGAUUAUCUGAUCCCAGAUCCCUGCCUGGGGGCGUGGAGAUGACUCCAGCUGCAGCUACCACACAACAUCCCCUUCCCGUGUUACGCUUCUCAAACGGUGAGGCAGUGGGCUUUCUUCUCAAGAGAUGCUUGCGGGGGCGUCGAAAGGUUUAUCACACGAGGUGAAACCCCCAGCAGCUCUUUUGCAACAUGAAACACACGAGAGUCUCUAAACGGCGCGGAGUGAGCUGAGCGGUCAAAGAAGGGAAUGGGAGAAAACAGCCAAGUGCCUUAGCAGCGAACAGCCAGCAAGUGUGGUCAACGCUUAUUUUUCUAUGAAUACAGAUCUAUUUAUCUAAAACACAGAGGUUUGACUACCAAUGGGACGACCAAUCGGACUAAUUUCACACCCGGACAAAGGACCCCUCCCCCCCAAAAAAUAUAUAUAUACAGACACCCCUGGAAUUGUUUGUAUGCACUUGAUUUGCUUUCAUCUCAUCCGGUUAACUUAAUUUGCUUCAAGUUGUUUUUGUUUAGACGAGGGACACACUGCGGCUCACGAUGUGCAAAUAAACAAAAAUGCAGCAAAAGAUGGAAAUAUUAUUGUUGUUUUUGAGACAAAAACAAAAAAAAGAAGGAAAGAAGGCCGGCAUUCAUCAGAAGGACAUUGUUUUUGGGAUAUCUUCAUAAUCAGCCAGACUUAACGAGGCCUCAAGGACCUCGGCGCCACGUUUUCUUUGAUCAGACCGCGGCAUCGAGGUUAUUGAUUUUUUAAGUGCAUCUCAGAGGAAAUUCGGAUGGACAAAAAAAUGAGGAUGAGGAGGCAUCUUUUCUUAAAAAAAAAAAGACAAACAAGACACUGUCAACUAUCGAUUAUUCUCUUUUACGAAGAUACCUUUUUAUGCUUUCAUCUCCUACCAAUAGUAGCGGCAGUUGUGAAUAUAUUUAUUCUUACUUUUUUCGCGUGUCCAAGCUCUUCUGUAUGGGAUCAUGUUAUAUUACUGUAUAGGAUGAUUCUGCAUCUGGUUCCGCCUUCUUACCGCCGACCCAAGUACAAUAAAGGGUGCUACAUAAAAAAAAAACAA